AAAAAAUGUCUUCAUUAGCAAGCUUGAUUAACAGCGUAAAAGCAAAUACCGCAAAUAAUGUCCACCUAAAGAAGGGUUUAAAAAGAAAAACAACUGCAAAGUCAGAGCAGCCAAAGAAAGUCAUGGCUGUUGAAGUUAAGAAAACUGUCGCUAAGACAGUAACAGAGCCUCGUGUUGUUGUAUUCGAUGGCUCAGUAUUACACAAGAAGGCUUCACUUGAAGACAAAGCAUCGAAAAAGAAAUUCUUGGAUUCAAGAAUUUCCACAGCAGAUCCCAGUAGUAUCGUGGAACACAAAAAUAAGCCUACAGCAAAGGAUAUGGAAGAGGAAGCUGAGAACGAAAGACACGAUGUGGAAUUAAGACAGUUAUUAGCAACCUCCGACCUUUUAGAGGAACUGGAGAGAGAUGAAAUGACUUCAAAGGAAAAGAGAAAAAGUACCAUGAAAAAACUAGAGACUUUAGGAGCCAAGGCUGAAGCAGCUCAAAGAAUGCCAUUGUCACUAAAGUUGAGUUUGGAUGAAUCAAGAAAACAAAAGGGAAUUGCUAGAUUACAAGCAGCCAAGGAUACAGGUGUUUACGAUAAGUCUCUUAAGCAUCUUUAUGUCAAGAAGGAAGUUAAGCAACGUGAUCGUAAUCCUGGUAUCACUAAUGGUCUUGGUCGUAUGAAGGGUGCCACCUUGACAAUUAAAAAGUCCGACAUUGAGAGAAUUAAGCGCGAAGGAAGUAAAAAGAAGUCCUCCGGUGGACGAGGUGGCAAAGGCGGUAAAGGUGGUGGAAAGAGAAAGUAAAAUAUAUGUAUCAUCAUCAUCAUCAUCAAUAUUAUAAUGAUUAUUUAUACUUUGCUCUAAACACUAUGUAUGGUAAUUCGGACGGUUUUUUUUUUGCACGGCCAAUCGAAACGCAGGUCGAAGCAACAGACAUGUAUCAAUAUUAUAAUGAUUAUUUAUACUUUGCCCUAAACACUAUGUAUGGUAAUUCGGACUGUUCUUAUUUUUUGCGCGGCCAAGCGAAACGCAGGUCCAAGACACAGACAUAUAUCAAUAUUAUAAUGAUUA